AUGCCUGAGCCUGUGUAUGAAGACCUUUUGUGUUUAGUCACACCAAUUAUAGCUAAACAGGAUACUUGCAUGAGAGAAGCUAUUUCACCGCAUGAACGUUUAAGUGCAACAUUACGAUUUUUGAUAACUGGUGGAACAUAUAAAGAUGUAAUGUAUUCGUCAGCGAUAUCAAGACAGUCAAUGGGGUACAUAAUUCCUGAGACAUGUGACGCAAUCUACUCUGCACUGAAAACAUAUUUGAAGUUCCCGAGUUCAGAAGAAGAAUGGCUAGCAAUUGCUGAAGAGUUUGAGCGUACAUGGCAAUUUCCAAAUUGUUUAGGAGCCGUCGAUGGGAAACAUUUAGCUAUAGUCCCUCCUGCCGGAGCCGGCUCACAUUUUUUUAAUUAUAAAGGGUAUCACAGUAUUGUACUUAUGGGAAUUGCAAAUGCAAAUUAUGAAUUUAUUUAUGUAGAUAUUGGAACAAAUGGACGUAUUUCUGAUGGAGGUGUAUUACAAAAAACUACAUUCUUUCAAAGAUUGAAUUCCAAGCGCUUAAAUCUUCCUAGCCCCAGAAAACCAAGCGGUCAUUCAGAAGAAUUGCCUUAUGUAUUUAUUGGCGACGUGGCUUUUGCUUUGAGGACAGAUUUUAUGAAACCGUACCCACAAAGGCAAUCACAGGCUAGCUCAAGUAAGAAGAUAUACAAUUAUAGAGUAUGCAGGGCUAGAAGAAUUAUAGAAAAUGUUUUUGGAAUUCUGGCGGCAAGAUUCCACAUUUUUCGAUCGCCUAUAAAUACCAGUGUGCACAAUAUUAACAAAAUAGUUUUGGCAUGUUGUGUAUUGCACAAUUUUUUAAGGAAAAAAUUAAGACAAGCUUACAGUCCACAUCAGCACUUACAUAGUGAAAAUCACGAAAAUUGA